CUUGUAUCAUAGGUGUAGGAAUGAUUAAGCAUGGGCAAUAGCCAGGGACAGCGGGCCCCCCAAAUCAAAUUCUGCUUAGGGUUACAGAAAGGCUUGGCCCGGCCCUGGAUACAGAUAAGAUUUAAUUCCGUUUUUUAGUAGGCAGGAUAAACGUUUUUUUUCCUCACACCAGAUGAGAGUUCUAGUUCUAACAACCAAGGAGUAACAGCCUAAAAUAACUCGUUAUUUAUUUAUAAGUUUUCAAGUGAAUCGGAACCCUUGAUAAUCACCGCGUCUUUCCUCAAGGGCAGGGCUAUGAACUGUAAAACUCAUAAUUCCAGCCAAAGAAAAUAAUUAGUCGGAGGGAGUCCAUUUUACUAUCCGCAUCACGACUGCUUACAGCCUCGAAGCAAUGCAAAAGCCACGCAGCCGUCAUGUUCGCUGCUCUUCCCGGCUCAGCAGAGGACUCCGUGGACCGAGAUGCGGACUGGCAAACGGAUGAAGCGCAGCCUGUUUCCCACGAUCCUGAUCUUGGAGGGGAUAAAAAGUUUAAAGAACGAAUGGAUAUAUGUUUAACUGACCAGAUGGUAGGCUAUGUUACACCUGGUGGAGCUAGUAAUAUAUGCUGGUUUUAUUGUCUUUUAUUGUGUUGACAGAGGAGGACAGGGAGCCGCGGCAGGCAUUAGAAUUUUACUUUGAAUAUUGGUACAAAGCUUAUUUAGUCCUGCCGCCCUUUGUGCUAAAUUAGAUGCAAAUAUUUAAUUAUUUAGAGGUUAUGGACACAUACGCACUCGUGCUGUUAGGAAGAGAUCUAAACUUAUUUUGUGAAUUUUUGAUGACCGUUAAAAUUGAAGGUGAAUCGACAUAAAUAAACUGUCCCUAUGAAGAAGAUUAAAAUUUCAAACUUUUGGGCAGCUUCUUUUUUUUUCUUCAUUUGUAAAUCAUAAACAUAGUUGUACAAGCCACACCCCUCCUCACUUUAUAAGAGUGGGAAUAAAGCUGACAGCUACUUGUUUAACCUCAUCCUACCGUACAGCCUUCUGUUUCUCUCGUUCACUCAACAUACCUGUUCGGAUUUACUCCGGUCAGAUUUCCUCAAAUAUUUGAAUCCAUUCCCAGUCACGAGCACCACAUAACCAAGAUGCAUUCAAAAGUGAGGCUGCUCAUUUUCCUGCUUUGUGUCUAUGGAAUUUGUGUGUUUUUGAGAAGACAUAUUGGGUUUUCAGAGUUCAUACUCCAGAUUCAGAGCACGGGCCCCUGUGCUUGUGAGAAAUGUUUAUUAGAGGAUGAUCCUUGGCUUGUGCAACGUUUCAACAAAUCUGUUGAUCCAUUUCUGUCAGGAAGACACAGUCUCUCAGAGGAUGCUUUCAACUGGUGGACGCGCUUACAGUUUGAAAAGCGCAACUUCAGUUCCUACAAUGAAACGGUGGACAGGCUGUUUCAAGUGUUCCCACCCAGUCCAAAGUUGGUAGAGCCCAGUCCUAACCGCUGCAGGACUUGUGCUGUAGUGGGCAAUUCUGGUAAUCUGAAGGGAUCACAUUUUGGACCUCUCAUAGAUUUCCAAGACAGUGUCAUAAGAAUGAACACUGGUCAUAUCAAAGGCUAUGAAACAGAUGUUGGAACCAGAACAACUCAUCAUAUCAUGUAUCCAGAGAGCGCCAUGGACUUGGAUAACAACACUCAUCUUGUGCUAUUUCCAUUCAAGAUACAGGAUCUUGAGUGGCUCAUAAAGGCCACCACCACAGGAUUUUUUGGAAAGUCAUAUAUGCCAGUAAAAUCAAACAUCAAAGCUAACAAAGAUUUGGUGAUGGUGAUCAAUCCAGCUUUCAUGAGGUAUGUUCAUAAUGGCUGGCUGGAAAAGAAGGGCAAGUAUCCAUCCACUGGCUUCAUGGCUUUGGUUCUUGCCCUGCAUAUUUGCGAUGAGGUCCAUGUGUUUGGUUUUGGAGCAGACAAAGAUGGAAACUGGAGUCAUUACUGGGAAAAACUCAAAAACAAAAAGUUAAAAACUGGAGUACACCCUGGAACUCAUGAGUAUGAAAUUAUCCAACAGCUAGCUGAGCAACAAAAACUCAUGUUUUACACAGGGUUUUAAUUUCUCUCUCAGCAUUUAAAGUAUUCAAGCCUUCACAGCACACAAUUUACAAGAUUAUGAAGCCUACAACCCUCAAAAAGCACGUCUGCACAGACUAGCUUCCAAGCUGCACGAGUUGCUUCCAAGCAACUGCCUUGUCCUCACAUGUAAACCCACCAUGACGUCACCCAUUACACUGACGACUACUGUUGUGAAGCCUCAAGUCUGGCAUAUCAGUUGUCGCCAUCUUGGUUUUUUCUGCAGGCAGACUAUAAUUGAAUGAGAUGGUGGAGCUGGGGAAGAUACUCAGUGCUACGCCAUGAAUUGUGGUAGUGACUUUUCAAGUGCGAGGGAGCCUCACCCUAAAGCAUAACCCUGAUUUAUUGUAUAUUUUACUCCAAAUGUUACCAGAAUUUUCAAAAUGAGCAUUGUGCUGUAUUGGAGAAGACUCGAAACUAGAGACUGUAGACCAUAAAUUCAUUAGGAAACGGUAUACAGAGGUAAUAAAUCAAGUGUGAAGUAGGGUCAGUUUUUCAUAAGCUUACAAUCAAACUUCUUUUUGAAACCAAUGUACCAUUGGCUUAAAGCACUGCCCAAUUGGUUUCAUGUUUCAGAUCCAGUGCUCCUUCCAAUAUUUAUACAGUCAACUGUCGUACCCUGAGAGAUCUAGUAAUAAUAAUACGGGAUGCCCCAAUAUGUUGGAAGGCAAAAGUGUUUGAUACAUGAUAAUAGAGUUCAUAUGGGGAUAACAAUGCACAUUUGAAACAGUCUCUCCUGGAAGGCAUUCAUAGUGUCACAGUUGUUUCUACAAAAGAAAAGUAGCAGUUAGUUGCAGCUCUUCUUACUUUCGCAACUCCGCAUGUCAGGUCAACAUUUAAGGUUCACAUUUGUGUUUUUAAACAAAAUGUUUCUGCAACAGUUGGAUGAUUUACAAAUACAUUUGGUACAGAUAUUUAUUUUACCCAAAGCAUGGAUUGUUACAACCUUGGUAAUGCCUUUACUUUGCAUAUAGCACCACAACUUGUCCCGCAUUAUGCCCAAAACGAAUUAUUAUCAGUACAGUAAUUAUUAUCUGCUGAACAUCAGCAUGUUAGCAUUGUUUUUGUGACCAGGUUAGCAUGCUGAUGCAUAUCGGCUGAAAAAACCACUGUGCUUAAGUACAGCCUCAGUAGCUUGUGCAUCUGUUUAAUGUCACAGCAGUUAGAUGAUUGUGGAUGCACAGAAAUAGUGAAGUACAUUCAUUCAUUAUAGUUGUUCUCAAUUUACGAUCUGAGAACCCCCAGGAGUCUUUGAGGGGGUUUCAGGGGUCCCUAUCACAAAGGGGAAUGAUUUAUUUUUGCUAUAAUUUCAUACAUGACUGAAUGGGUUCACGGUCAGUUAAAGUGUCUCUUUGACUUGAAAAAGUUUGAGAACUACUGAUAUGUACUAUUUAUCUUUAAUACAGAAUUAGGUUACAUUGUUUUAUUGACUUGGUUAAGUAGCAUAACUAUGAAAUGUUGUAUAGGCUUGACCUGUUUUUUUUAUUAGAAAACAGUUUUAGCGUGAUGGAAGAGAAAGAUUUAAUGUAAAAUACUGGUGUGAAAUUGGUGCCAAGGGGAAAGCAUUCUCCCUUUGACCAAACAUACUAUCUUCAGCUAAAUAAACACGAUGUAGGCCUAAUGCCUCAGCUAGAGCUCGUCCAGUUUGUUUAAGGUAGAGCAGACACAUCUGGUCUUUGCGUUUUUUUCCCUUUUUUUUUUUUUUUUUUUUUUGUUUUUGGUUUUUUGCAUAAUGUAUGAAAAUCACCUGGAAAGCAGGCAGAUGUCCCUUUGCAAGAGUGAUUAGCCAUGUGACCAUGUCACUGGCUGCUAGUCAGCUUAUGAAAUUAUAUCAAAUUUGUAUAGUAAAUAUGAAGACUGACUUUAAACAUUAGGGGAAAAAACACAUUUUAAAAAAACAAAAUCUAAAAAAUAGCUAAAUUAAUAAUAAUAAUUAUAAAAUUGUUAACUUGGAAGAAAAAAGGCAGGCUACAUCAUUUAUUGUGUUUUAUUGAUAAUGUUAUAUGGCUAUCUAUGACACUUUUACCUGAUAAGCCACAGGAUGUGACAUAGGUCUGAGAGAUACAGUGAUCAUGAGACAGUAAUAACAUUUGUCAUAAAUUCAGACAAAGGUCAACAAUGGUCAGAGAUAAUGGGCUGUAUACUGCACAGAUUAUAAGGCCUCUGGGUGUAAACUUGUGACUUCUUAUCUCAGUCCCUAGACAGAAGCUCUUUUGUUUGGUCUUAUUUACAAACACUUUGUAUUUACUAUAGAAAUACUGUAGGUGCUACAAGAAUACACGUAUUUUUUUGAAAAAGUGGUUUAGAUUAAGGGAUACCUGAGCCCAUCAGUUCUUUCAGAAACCUGUCUUUUCCAUCCAUCCGUCCAUUUUCUAUACCUCUUAUCUGUCAGGGUCACAAGCGUGGCUGGAGCCUUUCCCAGCUGACUACAGGCGAGAGGCGAGGUACGCCCACAAAGACAGACAGCCACAGCACACACUCACUCGUAAGGGCAAUGUAGAGUAGCCGAUUAACCUAUUGUGCUGUUUUUUGGGAUUGUGGGAGGAAGUAGCACCUGGAGGAAACCCACACAUUUUUUACUAAUGCACUCACUUACACUGACUACACAUGUUGUGUUAAUUUAAGUUGCUUCAUAGGUUCAUUUCUGUGUAGUUAAAUUUUCUGCUGCAUGGGAUUUUACUUAUGUGUAUGAUCACGGUUACCUUUAGCACACCCUGUAUUUGGGAGAUGCACUUUGGUAUAGGAAAGUUUUAGUUGGUUGCUGUUUCACUUAAGAGAGUUUGAUCCUGCAGUUAGCAUGUGUUGGGUGAAUGUGCAGGUGUGAGUUAUCAGCAGUGAUUGGUUCUCUAGCGUGGAAAGUCUAGGUUCUUAUUUUUGUGUGGUGCAGCUGGAGCAGUUGUCUCGAGGACAUGUCCAGAGCUGUCAGGUUGCUGGGGGUUUUAAUCUGGCUAUUGUUUAGAGUGUUUAAAAAGGCGGGGGGCCGAGAAUUUUUUUGUUGCUGUAGGAUGCUGUACUGACUGAUUUCAAGAAUUUCCCUUCAGGGAUAAAUAAAGGAAUUCUGAUUCUGACUGUCAGGAAAACCUGCACAUGAAUUUGAAUCAACUAAUUGUAUAAGAAUUGUCUCAUACCUUUCUGUUUUUUCAUGAUAUUUCUGCUAUCUACAUGCUUGUCAAGUUGUCAUGCUCUGUUACAUGUUUAUUUAUAUAAUAUUUAUAUGUAAACCUAAGGGUGAAUGGGAGAACAGAUCAGAGUAGUUGUUAAGUUCAAAGCAAGCAACAGCAAGUUUUUUCAUAGCUUCAUUUCGUCUCGUGCACCUCGGAGACUGAACGGCCCUAUCUGGUGGAAAAUGCAUUGAUCAGUCACAGCAUUGAAAACACUGGCAGGUGAAGUGAAUAACAAUUACAAUUCAGUGUUCUGCAGGGUUGGGUUUUGGCAAUCAUGUGGAUGUUCUCUGACACACACCACCCACCUGAACAUUGCAGACCAAAUACAACCCAACCCCCCACAUAAGAAUGGCUCUUCCUGUCAACAGCAGACUCCCUCCAGCUGGACAAGGUACCCAGUCACCGACAGGCUCCCCAGAUCCCAACCUGAGAAUCUGUGGGAUGCACCAGAAUAAGCCGAAUCCAUCCUCCCUCAAUGCACAGGAUCCAAAGGUUCCAGAUUUUAUGUCACUCUUCUUAUUACUAUGCUCUACUGAGUCCUAUUACUUUAUCCCAGUUUGACCAAACAGAACACUCUCAUAUUAUUCCAUUGUACAAACCGACAGCAACCAUUAGCAACUCAUCUCUAUGCUCCAUGAACAACACACACUGUUCAUGUUUUCCUUUCCUAUUGUCCUAUUUUGUUCUGCCACUAGCCCAGGCCACUUGUAAAUGCUAGGUGUGGCUGCAUAGAUUUUAUGAACAGGUCCUUUACUAAAUAUAUUUGUUUUGCUGUAACCUCGUCAUUCAAGCCGGGUUUUCCACAUACUGUACCUCAACUGACUCAGCUCUGUAUUGCAUCACAUAUUGUAAAUGCCCCACCUGUUCUUUCAUCGUGCUGUCAAGAUGCUUUCCACAGUUCUCAUUUACAUGCUGUGUAUUUCUUCCAUUGGUAAAUGUCAACUUUACAGACAUAGCUGAAAUAUUCUUUGGUUUCAGCAGUACUUGUUAGAGACUGACUAGUCCUGCAGCAAAACACUUUAGUGUUCACCUUUUUAAUUCUUUUUCAAUGAAAAGUACAAAUCAACCUUAAAGGCUUGCACCUUGAUUGUGACUUGUAACUCCACUUGAGCUCAAGGUUUAUGAAUUGAAAAUGAAUGAUAAAUGAUUAAAAACUAUCUUUUUUAUUACUGUGA